AACCAAAUUACCCUUCUCUCUCUACAGAUAGGGUUUUCAUUUUUCAAUCUCAAUUUCAAUUCACCCCUUUUCAUAGGGUUUCUGGAGAGAGAAAGCCGUUACAUGAAUGUAGGGUGCUGGUGUUGUUUGUUCUUGGGUUAUUACUAACCGAGCUAUGUUGGAAAUGGAGAAGGAUUUUGAUUCCAAGGUCAAGAUUCAACGGACUUCUUCCUCUUCCAAUGGUGCUGGUAUUGUUCAGAGAUCCAAAAGCUUUGUUUUUAGGGCAACUCAGGAGAAUUACACCAUUCAGGACUUUGAAUUGGGCAAGAUCUAUGGCGUUGGCUCUUAUUCUAAGGUUGUGAGGGCAAAGAAGAAAGACACAGGAGUUGUAUAUGCAUUGAAGAUCAUGGACAAAAAAAAAAUUAUUACCAAAGAGAACAAAACUGCAUAUGUGAAGUUGGAACGCAUAGUGCUAGAUCAAUUGGAUCAUCCUGGCAUUGUGCGGCUAUAUUUCACAUUUCAAGACUCAUUUUCUCUGUACAUGGCACUUGAAUCCUGUGAAGGUGGAGAACUUUUUGAUCAAAUUACCAGGAAAGGCCGUCUAACUGAGGAGGAGGCACGAUUCUAUGCAGCUGAAGUUGUUGAUGCUCUUGAAUACAUACAUGGUUUGGGAGUGAUACAUUGUGAUAUUAAGCCAGAGAACUUAUUACUCACAGCUGAAGGACAUAUUAACAUAGCUGAUUUUGGGAGUGUGAAGCCUAUGCAAGAUAGCCAAAUUACCGUCCUUCCAAAUGCAGCAUCAGAUGACAAAGCCUGCACAUUUGUGGGAACAGCUGCUUAUGUCCCUCCAGAAGUUCUUAAUUCUUCUCCUGCAACUUUCGGAAAUGACCUCUGGGCACUUGGCUGCACAUUAUAUCAAAUGCUUUCUGGAACUUCUCCUUUUAAAGAUGCAAGUGAAUGGCUUAUUUUCCAAAGAAUUAUAGCAAGAGAAAUUCGAUUUCCAGAUUACUUUUCAGACGAAGCAAGAGACCUUAUUGACCGGCUAUUGGAUUUAGACCCGAGCAGGAGACCAGGCGCAGGACCUGAUGGUUAUGCUAUUUUGAAAAUACAUCCCUUUUUCAAGGCAGUUGCCUGGGAUAACUUAAGGGCACAAACUCCUCAAAAACUUGCUCUGGAACCCGGGACUCAAUCGCCCGCUGCCGAUGAUGUUCAGGAGUCAUCAUGGAGUCCUUCUCACAUUGGCGAUGGUUCUGCAGCUUCUGCUAGACAGCCUGAUGGCACUGCACCGUCUUUAGAGGGAACUGGUUCAAUAACCAGGCUACCUUCAAUUGAUUCCUUUGAUUCAAAAUGGCAACAAUUUUUGGAUCCCGGGGAAUCUGUCCUUAUGAUCUCCAUGGUGAAGAAAUUACAAAAAUUACAAGCAGGAGGUGUCAGCUCUUUUCUACAUUAG